UAUAUUUUCUUUUGGAUUCCUCCCCUAUGGCUUUCACCCAAAGACUCACCCGGCCUUUGUAAAUCUCCCCUUCCGUCUGCAUUCCUUCCUCCAUUAUUUCUCCAUCCCUUUCCCCUCUCCUCCUCUCUACCCAUCUCUCUAAAAGACUGGAUACAGAAGAACAAAAGGGAAAAAAAAAACAGAAAGAAAGGAAAGAAAGAAGAACACCUACCAAGCAAGUCUUGGUCUUUGAGUUCAUGGGCUGUGGAAUUGUUCCCAGGAAUCCCCUCUGGCUCUGAAAAGAUUCACACCAAGCAACAGUUCUUUGAUGUUUUUUCCCCCUUUGGUUUGCUGAAGAAUUGCUUGUAAAGAACCGCUUCUUUCUUGUUUCCUCUUGGUUUUCCGGUGUUUGUUUUGUUGGGAUUUUGUUGGGUCCUUUCUUCUUCGCUUGUGGAGGCGAGGGGAAGAGAGAGUCAUGGGAAAGCAAGGACCUUGCCGUCAUUGCGGAGUCACAAGUACUCCUCUCUGGAGAAAUGGGCCACCAGAUAAGCCAGUGCUCUGCAAUGCAUGUGGCUCAAGAUGGAGAACCAAGGGUUCACUGACGAAUUACACACCAAUGCAUGCCCGGGAUGAUAUUGAUGCUGAGGAACCUAGAGCUAACAAGCUGAAACCUCCAACGUUGAAGCUGAAGGAACAGAAGCAACUGAAGAAAAAGCCAAGCCACAUCACAAUGGAGAACGGACCAUUUUCUGAUCAAAACUUCCGUAAGAUGGGAGAUGCUGACCUAAGUAAUCGAUCUGGUUCUGGAUCAGCACUAUCAUAUUCAGAGAGUUGUGCCCCAUAUGGCACUUCUGAUGCAAGUGAAAUGACCGCUUCAGCACAAUCACAUGCUUGGGAAUCACUUGUGCCAUCAAAGAAAAGGAGUUGUGUCACUCGUCCUAAGCCUUCACCAGUGGAAAAGCUUGCAAAGGAUCUUAACUCCAUAAUGCAUGAAGAGCAGCUGCUUUUCCUUUCAGGAUCCUCAGAGGAGGAUCUAAUUUACCAUAGUGAAACUCCUGCGGAUUCCUUCGAGAUUGGAUAUGGAAGUAUGCUUCUCAGACCAAAUUCAAAAUCAGUGGAAGAAGAAUCAGAAGCAAGCUCUGUUCCUGCUGAUAAUAAGUCAUAUAUUACUAGUGAAUCCUACUCGGGGUCAGCCUCAUUGGUAUAUAGUGAAAGCAAGGCAACAAGCAACCAAAAUGUUAUAACUGAGCAGCCAAAGAAGUUUCCGGUGCAAAAAACAGAUAAUGCUACAAGGGCUUACCUCCAUACUGAAAAUCAGGAUACACUGGAGAAUGCAAAUUCACCUUUAGUUUCCCUAGAUAUAGAGGGAAAAAACAGUGAAGAAAUAGGAGAAAAGACUAAUGCUUCAAAACGCCUUACAAGGUCCACCAUGAAUCCUCUGAAAAGGCCUCAUGACACCCAAUUCCAAAGCUCCGGAGAGGUGAGAGCAACAAUGUGGAGUCCUAAAAGAGUUUCUAAAUCUGGUGGGGCUAUGGGUCUAAAUUGCCAAGUGCCGUUUAUGCUGAAACCAGGCAAUGGCAAAGAUUUAGCCUGCAGAGGCAGAGGACUUAACUUAUUUAUGUUGCCCCCAGAUAAACUAUCCAUGCUGGUUCCUCCUCAGUACACCAAUGAUGAUUCUGAUCAAGACCUGUUGCUGGAGGUUCCUCCUAAUGCUCGGCACCCAGAGGCCGAACUUCUUUGCCAACCAUCUCAACUGAGCUCAGUAGCCCACAGCUCCACCUCAGAGGGUGGGAGUGCUGAAGGAGAGGGGCGCCUAAAGCAGCCCUACUACUCUUUGCCUUUCAACGCACUUUCAAGUAGGAGCCAAGACGCUUUGCUCAACCUGAGACGGGAGCCCCUCCUCGCCGCACUUCCGCCUCCCCGCGCGCUCCACGCUGCCCGGCUGCUGUGCCGUGCCGCCACCACCGGCGACGCCAUGCUUCUCCACAUCCUGGGCUCCUCCUCCCUGGCUCCCUCGAGGCCCUCCCCUCUCCGGCAGGGUGGCUCUGGGUCUGGGUCGGGGUCGGCGACGGUGAGGUGCGCGUCCUCCUCCUCGCCGCCGCCGUCGUCGUCAUCGGCGGCGGCGGCGGCGGGGCAACAGGUGGCGAAGGUGCACAGCUACGGUACGCUGGACUACGAGCGGCGAGCCGCGCUGCGGUGGAGCAGCCUGUACCGGCGCAUCGCGGUGGGGCACGGCGGGCGGCCGGUGGGGCGCACGCUGGCGGCGUGGGACGAGGGUGAGCGCCGCCUCGACAAGUGGGAGCUCUGUCGUAUCUCGAGGGAGCUACGCAAGUUCCGCCGCUUCAACCUCGCGCUCCAGGUGUAUGAUUGGAUGACAGAGCGCAGGGAUAGAUUUUCACUCUCAUCUAGUGAUAUGGCAAUCCAACUGGAUCUGAUUGCAAAAGUACGUGGUGUUGCACAUGCUGAAGAAUAUUUCGAGGAGCUUCCUGAUCCCCUGAAAGACAAGCGAACAUAUGGUUCUCUUCUCAAUGUUUAUGCCCAAGCUAUGAUGAAAGAGAAAACAGAAAGCACAUUUGAGCAGAUGAGAAAAAAGGGGUUUGCAACUGAUACAUUACCUUUUAAUGUGUUGAUGAAUUUUUAUGUGGAUGCUGAGGAGGCUGAGAAAGUAUCUAUAAUUAUUGAUGAGAUGAUGGACAGAAAUGUUGCUUUUGAUGUCUGCACUUACAACAUUUGGAUAAAGAGUUGUGCGGCUAUGCAAGAUGCUGAUGGAAUUGAAGAAGUCUUUAACCAGAUGAUUCGUGAUGAGACUGUAGUUGCAAAUUGGACUACUUAUACAACUCUUGCUAGUAUGUAUAUUAAGCUGGGGAACUUUGAGAAGGCAGAAGAAUUUCUGAAAGAAGCUGAAAAAAGAACUACAGGACGGGAGAAAAAAUGUUUCCAUUUUCUCAUCACACUCUAUAGUCACCUUGGCAAGAAGGAAGAGGUCUACCGCAUCUGGAAUUGGUACAAAGCAACUUUCCCCACAAUUCAUAACCUGGGUUACCAGGAGGUACUAUCUGCCCUUGUUAGGCUAGGAGAUAUUGAGGGAGCUGAACUUCUGUAUGAGGAAUGGGCAUCCAAAAGUUCCAAUUUUGAUCCUAAGACUAUGAAUAUUUUGUUAGCGUGGUAUGCCAGAGAAGGAUUUGUUACAAAAGCUGAGCAAACUCUGAAUAGAUUUGUUGAGAAAGGUGGAAACCCAAAACCGAACACCUGGGAAAUCCUUGCCACAGCAUACCUGAAGGAUGGUCAAUCAUCUGAAGCUCUGUCAUGUUUGGAGAAAGCCACUGCAGUUGUAAGUCCAAGUAAAUGGAGACCAAGACCCACCAAUGUUGAGAAUCUCCUUGCAAUUUUCAAGGAGAGAAAUGAUACCGAAAGUGUAGACAGGUUGAUGAAUGUACUGAGAAGUAGAGGGUGCGAGGAGAAUGAAGAGUACAAGUCAUUGAUCAACACCUAUGCUUUUCAGGGCACAUAACUGCGAACGAACAGCAACAAUUUGAUGACAUUACACCCUGAAACAAAUGCAUUACUUGCAUGUAAUGCCUUUUAGACUCUACAGCUGUCUCUACUCCAGUCUCCAGAGUAGAUCCAUUGGGCAGUUGAUUUUCCUUAGGCAAAACCGCGCGGGGUACAUAGAUAUACCUUCUUUCCGUUCACUUGGCUCAGUUAGAAAAUUGUGAAAUCGCCGAAAUGGCGGCCAAGUACAGGGCUCAUUUCUAUUUUCUACAUGUAUAAGGAGUAAUGAAAUUGUUAAAUCCUCAAUAACAAUUUUGAAAGUUUAAGGAAUGUUGUCCUAAACUUUAACCAUCAACUUUAUCUUAGAGUUUAUAAAGUUU